AUGGUCGGCAGAGAAGCGCUAGGAGAAUUUCUUGUCAAGAACGCUCCUGAUACAGUUUACUAUGUUCCAAACUUUAUAACACCUGAAGAGGAAAAAGUGCUGACUUCUUGCAUCGCUAAUGCACCGCAACCGAAGUGGACAGUGCUAUUGAAUCGUCGUCUGCAGAUGUAUGGUGGUGUGGUUGGCAAAAAGGCACUCAUUCCGGCCGAUGAUAUACCUUUGGAGCUAAGUUAUCUCAUGAAGAAAAUUGACGACUUACACUUCUUUCCCCCAACGAAUCAUGUGUUAGUGAAUGAGUACCUACCCGGACAAGGAAUUAUGCCGCAUACGGAUGGACCAGCUUUCUAUCAUGUUGUCUCAAAUGUAACAAUGGGGUCUCAUGCGCUCCUGGACUUCUAUAGGCCAGUAAAUGAGGAGCAUGCGGAAAGUUUCGAAGAACGGUAUGUUGGCUCCAUGCUUCUGGAACCGCGUAGUUUGUUCUUGAUGACAGACCAUGCGUACGAAAAUUUGCUGCAUGGUAUUAAAGAAGUGACGGAAGACGUUGUAGAUGAUAAAGUAUUCAACGGACAGGAACACAUGGGGAAAACUCUGAUCCGCGGAACGAGACUUUCAUUCACAAUUCGUCAUGUUCCCGUGGUCUCGAAGAUGAGCGUCCGAACGCUGCUGUCGAAAAAGUAG